CCUGCUCUUGUUUACAACCAUCGCGAGCACCAGAGAUUGACCAGGAUGGCUUCCUAUCCGUGUCGAUUCUUCAACAGCCCAUCGGGUUGCAGGAGAGGCGAUUCCUGCACCUACAGACACGAAAAGGUCACCUCGUCGUACGCCUCCGCUGAUGUACCUGGACAGGGGAAUGGACCCUCGCCAUCCCGUACUCGUUCGUUCACCCUUGCACCCAAUGGAAUAUGCAGGGCCUACUGGAACACAGGAGCGUGCGACUAUGGAUUUCGAUGCCGCUAUGCGCACACAGCAACCAAUGUGUCUGAAGAAGACGUAGCGAGGGCGCGCAGUGGGACCGAGCCAGCUCUCUCCAACGAAGAGCUGGCGAGGCUUGGGAUCGGAGGGAUCGAUCUUUUGUACGGAGUCGACGGGUCGUGGCUGCCCCCUGUGCAGACGAACGGUGUCCUGCGCAAGUACUUCACCGAUGACUACCGCUUUCACAGUGCAAUGUUCAUCUAUCCCUUCGUCAAUUGUCUGGCCAAUGUCAACACACAGAACCCGUUGUGGUCCGCUGAAGAUCGCCAGGUGUUCAUUCUCGACUUCGCGCGCGUACCAGGCAAUGGCAUUCUGCGCAUAGGAGACGUCAUACGAUGGCCGCAAGUCUCAACCCAGUCAAGCUUCGCUCAAAAGCAGCUCAUCCUCAGCUUCCAGCGGGCUUACUUGCCCCUGCUUCGAUUCCUCGCCUCUGACACUGUACUCAAGAGCACAGUGCACACCAGCGUCAACGCCCUAUACGGUGUAUUGCUCGACAACUUCGACGCGUUUGCGAAGACGGUGGAGACCUGCAUGGAGAAGAUGAUCUCCGCGCGGUCCUUCAAGGAUCGCUUCGGCUCGAACCAAACCAAGCCGCCUCAAGGUCAUCAGAUCUUCGCAACGCUCACCACAGUUCUGUUCGAAUGUCUAUCCCGCUUCAAGGCCGCCCCCGUCGAACAUCCCGGCCUCCUCACCCUGGUCCACAAGCUGGAUCGUUGGAUGGAGACAUGGAGCACGGGCGUCACAGCCUCGCCACCCACCUUCGACGAUGCAUUUGCGAACAACAGCGCCGCCGCCCGCGACCACAUCAUCGCCCACAUCCGCGGCAAGCUCACCCGCCUAGUCCUCGUCGCCAAGCGCGAGCAGGCCAAGCUCGAUGCCUCCCAAAAGCCGAGCGAUGCCUCAACGCAACGCGUCGUUGACGCGUAUCGCGACGAAGGUCUUUCGGCGGCUCUGCAUACAACCUGGGUGCCGCCGGGUGGUCGGCAUGAUAAUGAUCAUGAAGAUAUCGGUCAGAUUCGUGUGGCGCCGACGCACGAUGAGUUGCUGUGUACGCAGGCGCCUUGUCUUCCUGCAAAUAUCUACGGCGCGCCGCAUCAUCUACCGGUCGGGACCAUGGACCGGCAUCUCGAUAUCGGGUUCCGUCUUCUGCGAGAGGAACUGACCGCGCCCAUUCGCUCCUCUGUGCGUCAUGUUAGGACUGACCUCCUCACUAAAGGGCAGACGCAGCUGUCGGGCAUCCUCGAAAACAGAGGUGGCAAAUACCGAGGCGCGAACGAUGAGCUCGACAGCGUCUUGUUCAACGUCUACACCGGCGUCAAAUUCGAGACACUCACCCCCGACCGCCGCGGCCUCGCUGUCAAGCUCAACUUUGACACGCCACCAGGCCCGGCGCGCAACCCCCGUCCCGCUCAGCGCGCGACGUACUGGCAGACAAACAGCGGCAAGCGACUGAUGCAAGGCAGCCUCAUCGCGCUCGCGUGGAAGGAGGGCGGCGAGGUCGCCGUGCAUCUGGGCCUCAUCGGCAGCACCGUGAAAGAGAUUUCGGAUGCAGCGCAGCGCAGCGCGGACAGGAUCAGCGUGAAGAUCCACUUCUUCGACUCGGACCUGCAGUUUCGUAUCCUGAAUGUGCUGAAGCUGGGCGAUAACACGCGGGACGGGCUCAAGUUGCUCAUUGAGGCGCCUGUGAUGUAUGAAGCGGUUCGGCCGUUCCUGGAGGCACUGAAGACGGUCGAACCUACGGAGAUCCCUUUCGGCGAGUACAUCGUGCAUCAUCCGGCUGGGCACUUCAAGAACGUGGUCGUCCCGCCUCCGAACUACGCGCGUGCACCGGGUUUCCGCUUCAAUCUUUCUUCACUCUUCAAGGAGGGCGACGACGAGCACCUUGAGCUUGACGCAACCGACAAGGGAUCCGUUGCACUCUGUCGUCGAGAACUCCGUCGUAGCCGUCUCGAUCCCAGUCAAGCAGACGCCGUCGUUGACACACUCACACGCGAGGUUGCGCUGGUGCAAGGUCCACCGGGAACCGGGAAGUCCUUUACCGGCGUCGAGCUUCUCCGUGUCCUGCUGGCCGCACAAGCCAAGCCCAUCCUACUCAUCGCCUUCACCAACCAUGCACUCGACCAUCUGCUGAGCUCUGCUCUCGAUGCCGGCUUCACAAAGAAAAUUAUUCGUUUGGGCUCUCGUUCCGCAGACGAACGUAUCUCGAAGUACUCAAUCGAGACCCUCGAGCUGGUCGCUGGACAGUCUCGACUAGACCGCGUCUCCAACCGCUUCUACCACGAGCUCAAGGACGUUGAGAAGGAGAUCGAGCAGCUCAUGCGCAACUUCCUCAGCACGGAGGUCUCGUCGCAGGAGAAGCAGCAGCACCUGAGUCUGAUGUAUCCGGAGCACAACGAGUUUCUGGGGACGCCUCCGGCCUGGAUCAAUACCAUCAGAAAGCAGCAUGAAGCAGACGAAGAGGAGGGGUACACGCGCGUUCGCAGGGGCGGGCCUGUUGGCGCUCUGGAUAAUAGUAUAUAUGCCUACUGGUCCGAGGGUCGCGAUCUAGACUAUAUUCGUGACGCCAACGAACCGGCCGAUGUGCCAGCGCUGUCGAGCCUGCACCAACAACGCCCUCAGGACCCCUCUGCCAACAGGUUCUCCAUACUUGCUCGGCCGACGGAGGAUCGUGGCGAUGACAACGAUGACGACGAGCAGGACGGCGCUCGCAAUGAGGACGAUGACAGUGCUUCUGAUAGUGACGACGAGUCGGAUGUCGACGACUUGACAGACCUCUUCCGGAUUGAUUGGGCAGCCGGCAUGCCAACCGCACAAGACCCUGCCAAUCGGCCUUGGGACGCAUCGUCUGUAGGAUCUGUCGUCGCAGAAUCGGUUGCAGACCCCGCCACUCCUCGCGCGACGACGCCGCAGCCUCAUGCGGAUAACAGACCCGCUCAAGUCAAUGAAGAAGGCGUCCCGCAAGAUGAGCUUGAAGGAUCCACUGCUCCGUCAGACAUCCCUAUAUCCGAGCGACCUGUCGAAGUCCUACUGGAAGAUGCGGACAUGUGGUCAAUGUCGAUGCAAGAGCGGAUGCGUCUCGACGACUUUUGGACGGCCGAAAUACGCAAAACGAGAAUCGACAGCCACUUGGAGUCCUUCACCGCCCUUCAGCAGCGUCACGCGGAUAUCCUCAAGCGGUACCAAGAAGGAAAGGACGAGAGCAGGAGUGCUUUGCUGCAGUCAUGCGAUAUCAUUGGUUGCACUACGACCGGCGCGGCAAAACUGACGUCGUUGUUGCAUGGCCUUGGACCUCGCGUCAUGGUGGUAGAAGAAGCGGGUCAGGUCCUGGAGACGCACGUCAUCGGCAGUCUUGUGCCUUCGGUGCAGCAUCUCAUCCUCAUCGGUGAUCCCCUUCAGCUACGUCCGACGCUGAACAACUUCGCUCUAUCAAUGGACAAUAAGCGCGGUCGCGAGCUGUUCAGGUUCGACAUGUCCUUGAUGGAAAGACUUGCGAAGGCCGGCUUUCCCAUGUCGCAGAUCAAUGUCCAACGGAGAAUGAGGCCACAGAUCUCCAAUCUGGUCAGGCAUCGACUGUACCCGGCUUUGGUCGACAACGACCGCGUCAAGGACUACGACGACGUGCACGGCAUGGCGAAGAACGUCUUCUUCCUGUCACACGAGUACCCAGAGAGCGGAGGAUCAGAGGAAGGGGCUAGCAAGCACAACACAUACGAGGUCUCCAUGAUUAAGGACUCAGUCUUGUAUCUCCUUCGACAAGGAUGCUACUCACAGGACGGCGAUAUCGUCGUUCUGUGCAUGUAUCUGGGUCAGCUGGUGAAGCUGCGCGACGCCCUUUCGCGCGAAGUGGUCGUCGUGAUCGACGAGCGCGACGCACGAGACAUUGCGACGCACGAGGACGUCGACGAGGACGAGUUGGAGCAGAGCAACGCAGCGGCCAGGGAAGUACAAGUGUCGAAGCAAGUUCGUCUACGUACUGUCGACAAUUUCCAGGGCGAGGAAGCCAAGAUCGUAAUUCUUUCCACCGUGCGGAAUGCAGGAUCCGUGGACGAGGUAACGGGCGCGCGGCGCAGUACGAAGAUUGGUUUCCUCAAAUCCGAAAAUCGUAUCAAUGUCGCACUGUCGCGUGCCAAGGAAGGCCUAUAUAUACUUGGGAACGCACCUCAGCUCGCGCUUCGCAGUCCCAUGUGGGCCGAUGUCAUACAGCAGCUAGAGCAAGACGGCUGCGUGGGCCCGGGCAUCCCAGUUGCCUGCCAUCGGCAUCCACAUAAUGUUACGCUGGUAUCAGAUCCUGGACAGCUGCGUCAACUCGCUCCUGACGGUGGCUGCCUCCUUCCAUGCGACUACAGGCUUCCUUGCGGCCACGUAUGCCCCUACAAGUGUCAUUCGGACGAUCCGCAGCAUAUCACCGUGCAUUGCUCGCAGCAAUGCUUGCGCCUUUGUCCGUUCGGGCAUCCCUGCAACAAGGAAUGCUACCGCGAGUGUGGGGAAUGCACGUUCAUGCAGCAUGAUGUCGAACUGCCGUGUGGUCACAUCAAGGCAGAAGUACCAUGCUAUCUCAUGAACGAUCUGGAGAGCGUGAUGUGCGAAGUCAUCGUCGAGAAGGACCUCCCGUCGUGCGAGCACUCCGCAUCAAUGCCGUGCUCGUGGGAUGCAGAGGCGCACAUAUGCACCAAGCCCUGCGAUGGAACCAUGGGGUGCUGUGGUCGGACGUGCCAGUCACGCUGCUCCGAUUGUCAGAGCCUCAACCAAGAUCGACGCGCGGACGACGGAAAGGUGACGCGAGCUCAGCAUACGCGUCAUCCUUGCAAGAAACCUCUGUUCUGCGGACAUGCAUGCCCCCUGCCCUGCGCUCAAGACCACGUUUGUACGAAGUCCUGCUCGGAGGAUUGUCGUCAAGAGUGCGCGCACGCUAAAUGUCGCCUGCGGUGUUCUGCGCCAUGCGCUAGCUGCAAAGAGGCUUGUACCUGGACAUGCGCCCACAAGGCUUGUCCGGUGCCGUGCGGCUCUGUUUGCAUCCGCUUGCCCUGCGAUGAGCCGUGUCGCAACGAGAUGCCAUGCGGCCAUCAGUGUCCAUCUGUAUGCGGCGAGGACUGCUUCAAGCAACUUUGCCUGGAAUGCGCGUCUGAUGAACAGAAGAAAGACGUCGCCGACAUGAUCAUGUACCGCACCUUGGCAGACCUUGAUCCAAGUGCCGGCACGCUCGACGAGCUCAUCAUCACGAACCCGAAGUGCGGUCACGCAUUCACCGUCGAAACGCUCGAUGGCGCUCUGCAUCUCAGCUACUUCUACGAGAGGGACGACGAGUCGGGCUCGUGGAAGGCCUUGAAAGUGGCAGGCGACGAGAAACCACCCCUACCCGUUUGCCCGACAUGCCGAGCUCCCAUCACGUCGCCGAGGUACAGUCGGGCGACUAGAAGUGCUCAGCUCGACGUCCAGGAGAAGAAGGUCGUUUCGAGAAUGAGCGACCAGCUCUCGCGUAUUCAGAGCGGCAUCGAACGGUUAGCAAUCGACGCGAUGAAGGGCAGAUUCGCCAUGCUCGUCGGGCGUCUCACGGUGGGCGGCAAGGAAAAGAACAUCAAGGCCCGCAAGACCGCGACAAAGGCCCGCAACAGCGUCCUGAACCAGCAGCGCGAGACGCCGACGCCGUUUGACUUCAUCCUGCCGACGAACAAGAAAUUCUUCGACAUCAACCAGCUCUCCGCGAAUUCCUGGAAGAAGGAGGUCCAGCCGCUAUUCACCAUCUAUCGAGAUGCGUUCCAGCUCGCAAGUACUCGGAGCGCACAUACGAGUGCCUGGGAGGCAUCCUUCGCGUACCUCUACCAAGCCGAGAUGGAACUGGCCGUCUCCGACCCUGCGCAUGCCCCGCGACGGCCCGCCGAGUACGCCAUGCGCAUGGCGCGCAUGAAGGUCGGGCAGCCAGAGCCCCUCGCAGACCGCCGCUUCAUCGUCGAGGCAAUUUGGGCGACGCUGCAGCUGCGUUUCCAGCUGGCCUCGCUCGCGAUCGCAUGGCUCGAGGAGUGCGUCAAAGCCGGACCGCGCAUUCCCGCUGACGAGCGCCGUGAGUGGGACGUCUACAUCCGCUUCCUGCUCGCCAGCGCGGAGAAGGACACGCAUAUCGCUUUCGCAAUCGCGAAGAAGACGGGAUCGCGAAAGCAGAUGACGCGCUCAAUUCUGCUGCGUCUGCGCUCCCACCUCGAGAUCUUCCGCGCCAACAUCCAGCUGAGUAACCUGAGUGGGGCGUCAGUGGGCGCGGAAGAGCGCGGAAAGCGCGCGGAGAAGGCGCAGGAAAUGCGUAGCGCUGCGCAGGGGCUUGCAAAGGAGACGGCGCAGGAGCACCUGCAGGUGCUACCCCAAGACCGUGGCGAGUGGCUGUCUGUCAAUUUCGAGACCGCUGCGGCCAUGAUUGUCGACGAGUGGGAGAAACUUGAGCGAAGCCUGCGGAUGGACACGUUCUACCAGCCGCUGUCCAUGGACGAGCAAACUGCAAUCGUCCGGGCUUUCAACUUCACGCACACAGGUCAUUGGUACAACUGUCCUAACGGACACACAUUCGUGAUUGACGAUUGCGGCGGAGCGAACCAAGUCUCACGGUGCCCCGAAUGCGGCGCAAUCAUCGGAGGGACAGCACACAACCUGACUGCAGGGAACGCGAGUGCAGCUGAAUAUGAAAACAUCCUGCGGCAGCAGGGUGCGCAGAAUAGCCCGUGGCCUUGGGCCCAGUGAAUUGUUCGGCAAUCUUCACAAAUAGGAUAUAUCUACGAACAAUGUACUAUAGCAUCAGAAUGUAUAACAAGCAUGUACCGUCCGAUUGAGCAAAAUCGCGCUUCGAUAGUUAUACACCAGUCUCUCCG